AUGAGCAGAUCUCUGAGAAGUACAAAAGGCUGCUGGACAUGUCGUCUCCGGCGCAAAAAGUGUGAUGAACGACACCCAGUAUGCCAGCUAUGCCACACCUUGGCGAUACCCUGCUAUGGCUACGGGCCUAAGCCGGACUGGAUGAAUGGUGGGGAUACUGAGAAAUCUCAGAUCCAGAGUCUAAAGCAGACUGUGAGGUACACGUCAAGACAACGUGAUAGGGCCAGACCUCAGCCGCUGCGUUCUCAAAGCCAAACUGUUCCUCCAUCAAAUGCUCCAGAGUCUGUUUUGGGACCGAAAUAUGCUCCUGGAGCAGCAUAUACACGUAUGGAGCAAGGAUAUUUAUCUCGGUCGGAUGCUUCUUCCUUGCAGAAGGAAACCGCGCAAGCAAGUGACACCCAGACAAAUCCCAUGCUCCUCAUGGGAGAUUUAUCGCUCUCCGAUACAAGACUUCUAAUGCAUUUUGUGGAUCAUGUCUAUCCAUUACAACUCCCCAUUAGCCAGUCAUCUGCCAUUCAAAAUGACCGCAACUGGCUUCUUCCAAUCAUCAUGCAUAUACGACCAUUCUAUCACUCAGUUCUCGGAUUAGCCGCGCUUCAUCAACGUCUUCUCACGUCACAGUCCAACGACGAAUCACAGCAGCUCCGUGCGCUCAAAUAUGCACAAAAACACCACUCGUUAUGCCUGCAAGAUCUACAAGUGGCAAUACAACUUCUCGGACCCUACAAAGUCAAAGGCGCCGAGUGUCCUAGAGGAGGGGUUGGAGUUCUUGCUUCUGUUAUUCAAUUAGUGCUUUUAGAGAUGUGUAUAGAUGAGACAGACAACUGGCAGGUCCAUCUCAAUGCCGCUAUUGGUAUGGUAGCAGGUGUCCACGGGGUGCGGCAAAGAACAGAAAUAGAUGGAGACCCUGUGGCUAUGUUGCACUAUGGGUGGGAGAAUUUCGAGGAUGAGCUAUAUCCCGAACAUCCUUUACUUCAACAACAGAGCUCCAUGAAUGCUCUGAUUGCUAUCACGAUAUACUUGGACGUGGUUUCUUGCGUUACCAUGGGAAAGCCCCCUCGAUUAUUGAAAAUUGUGCACGAUAUCACAGACGUGACUCCAUAUACUCAAGAGAUUCGAAACAUGUUCGGCCAGGAGUACUGGGUUAUUUUGCUGAUUGGGGAAAUAGCAGCGCUUCACCAGCCAAUUCUCGUUCCAGUAUCAGAAGAUGAUAGUGUUGGCAAUUGCUGCAACAGUGCACCCCAUGCAAAGCUUAGAUCUACUCUUCAGGGCUGGAUACGGAAAAAUGCUGAAUCUGUCGAAAAACUACAGUGCUCGGAGGAGUACACUCUUUCAGCGUCCACUUCCAUUCGCGUCACGACCUAUCUUUAUUCCCUUGCUGGCAUUAUUUACUUUCAUCUGACAACUGCUGGCGUUGACGACAGCUCCGGAGAAAUUCGGACCUGCGUGAAAGCAUUUAUCAAAUCAUUCAGCCUGACCAGACAUACAUCGACGCCUCAGAACCUUAUGUGGCCUGUUUAUAUUACUGCAUCAGUAGCCGUUGGAGAUGAGCGUCCUUUUUUCCGCACUAUCCUUUCUACAUCUGCUUCGUAUUUCUCGAUCGGGUCAUGCAGUAGAGUGCUGAAAAGGCUAGAGGAUAUCUGGGAAGGAAGGAGUGUUUCUGGAUCUCGGCUUUUCAGCACUGAUCUCUGGUGUCCGAACCUGUUAUUGAUUUGA